UUAAAGUACUAAAAAAAAAAAUAGGGCAGAAUGGACAAUAUUCCUCUCAUUCCUAACAAUCAAAUUACUUUGUAAGUAACUAUUAAAAAGUAUUAAUAAUACACUUUUUCUUAUAGUUUGUUAUUAAUCUGUGUAGCUGUUGUCGUUAUUUAUUCUUCAAAUUAAUUAAUAAAUAUUGGCUAUUUACCCUUUCUCCAAGCAGUUAUCAUAGCAUUAUUAUCUUGCACAUUGGUAUUUAGCAUAUCCUCGUUAUUCUUCCUUCAUAAUUAUAAAAAAUAUCCUAAUUAUUUUAAUACUUCCAAUAUCCUUACAAUAACCUCUUUAAGUGGUGCUUUUAUAUUAACCGUGUCUAGUCUCGUCACUUCUAUUUCGUACACUUGUGGACAAUGCUUUAUUUCCAUUUAAGGAGAGCUUAGCGGAAAAGAUAUUGUAGACAAUAUCUCAAAUUGGUAAUGUGGUUCUAGUGGUGAUUGCGAUAUUGGUGAAGCAUAUUAUUAUGCAGCUAAAUAUGUCUAUGGUCUUUGUUAUUAAAGAUUAAGUUGCUAUACAGACAGUUUAGCAGUAUAUAAACGUGGUUACGCACUUGCACCCUAGUUAGUUGGAUGCAUUGGAGCAGGAUUACUUUUAUUGAUGUACCUUUUCACAUUUAUAUAAAAUAGAAGAAAACUAAAUGAAUUAUAAAUGAUGCCUUUAAAUUCUAAUCAAGAUGACUUAAAUUAAUAAUUUAGAAACAAUCCUUUACCAUAUUAAGUAUAAGAUAGAAGCAAUACCAAUGCUAAUCCAUAAUAUCAUCAAAAUUAUUAAUAAAACCCAAAUGACUAAUAGCAAUAAAUCAAAAAAUAAUAAUAUUAAUAAUAAUAAUAAUAAUAAGUGCUUUGGUAGCCAAAUACUUAAUAAAGUGCUCCUUAAGCUAACUAUUAAGGUAACUCAUAUAAUAACAAUUAAAAUGUACCUUAAGUAAAUUAUUAAGAAUAAAACAAAUAGGCAGUUAGCUAAUAAUAACAACAACCAUAAAAUAUUUGA